AUGACAACAACGAUGGCCGCAUGCAGACUUGCAGCUGUACACACAAAACACACACACACACACACACACACACACAGGACGGUGCGAUGGGUGUUGCUGUCUGAGUCUGUGCAGCCCACCGUCUACCAUGCUUCUUGUGGGUUUGGUAACGCGGAAGACGAAGGUGAGAGGAGGAGUAUCGGUGAUGCGGUGACUGCCUUAUGCUCUCUCUAUCCCCCUUUCGUUCGGUCUGCCGUGAUCACUGAGGGCUUGCAUCGGAGGUACACGCGCAGUUUCGGUGUGGAUGUAGCCACGCCACCCCUCUUCCAGCGCUUACCCCUUCGCGAUGCCAUCCGAGUUUGUGUGCCUCUGCGCACGUGCGCUACCUCACCCGGCCCAGACGGAUGCCGACAAGCACGCAUGCGGUCACACCUUCUGCUCUCGCCCCCUCCCCUUCCUUCCCCUUCCCCUCUCGUGCCGGGACCUGAGAAGGCUUCUCGCGCGCAUUUUUGUGCCGACGCCCUUGCAGACGCUGCUGCCGGUGCAACACGCCGAGAUGACGGGCACGGCCCACCAUCGCUACCGCUCGUCGGUGUUUUUGGUCCUCAAAGGAAGGAAAAGGUCGACACUCGCGUUUUUCUAUCUGCGCGUGUGCGUCUGCGUGGACGAAUAGUGCCACUCUCUUGUGACCAGGAACAAGGACACCGACGGCCUGAGCGGCGUCGCAUCGAGAAUCCGUCAGCAGCGGAGCGGCAGCGGCGGUGCCGGCGAGGAGACGCGUGUUGUAGAGGCGCGGACGGAGGAGGAGGUGUUCGACUGCGUUCCAGAUAUGCUCUGGCGCGUUAUCGAGGCUGCCGCGAGAACGUACCACCACUCUGGGAAGCUGAGGAGCCAAAUCACGUUCUCACGACAGAGCGGCAGUGUGGUGAGGUGUUCCAUGGGCUUCUGUCGCUGCAGAGGAACACCGAGAUAUCGCUGCCGCGGUACCAUGUCUGCACGAUAGCCGCAGCCCUCGGGGACAGUGGGAAAAGGUUCUGGCGAGAGUGCUGGCGCACGUGUGCUGCGGCCAACCAGGGCCAGCGGAUGGCAAACGAAUACGAACACUUCCGCCACUGCGACGAGAGUAUGGUGAACGCGAUGGCGCGUGUGUGA